AUGUUUUUCAGGGAAGUCCAUUCUUUACUCCCAUCAGAGAUCUCACACGGGGAGAAGCCGUAUUUCUGUCUUGAGAUGCGGGAAAUGUUUUUCACAGAAGUCCAAUCUUUAUAUACAUCAGCGAUAUCAUACAGGUGA